UUAUCAAGAUCCCCAAAAUAAGUGGGAAUGGGCAGCGGCUGUUCAGUCUUUUCUUCUACUCACCUUUCCUGUUCAUACUCAACGGGCAAGAGAGUUUUGUGCCCAUCUUGGUACUACUGGUGGCAGUUGUGGAAAGGAAUAUGCCUGCAGGACAGAGAAUAAUGGCUAUGAUGCUUUUGGGAACAGCUCUCCUUUCUCUGGUUUUCUUCAGUUCCUGCAGUGGAGAUGUUGGUGCAGUGGGAACAUCUGGAACCACAACAAGACCUGCAACACCUACUCCUGAACCAUCCAAAACAGUACCAACUUCACCGACUUCACCAUCUGCAGGCAGUGUAUCCCCUGCAGUGGAUGGAACUAUUUCUAAAACUACAGUUAAGAUCACAACAAAUACAUCGAUUUCUUCAGCAAACACAACACAGUCAACAACUCAAAGUCCAGCUAAAGCAGGAGGGGCCGAAUCAUUAACACAGAAGCCUAUGACUACUUCAAACCCCAAUGAAACUCUAUCUGCCAAGGACCAAAAUAACAAGACAAUGGCUAGUCCUGACACUUUGAACAGUACAACAGACACAUCUCAGGAAGCAAAUGAAGAAACAACUACAAAUACCACAGAUAAUGAAAAAAGGGAGGAUCCAUCUCCUACUGAUAGCAGUGCAAAGGAUGAUUCUUCGUACAGCAGUAUUCUUUUGCCAGUCAUCAUCGCCUUGAUAGUGAUAUCCCUUGUUAUUUUCCUUCUGAUGGCUUUGUACAAAAUAUGCUUGAAGACAACUCCCGAGAGGCAAGAAAAUGGAACUGAACAAGCCCCAUCAGAUAAAGAGAAUGUGAAACUUAUCUCUGUUAAGACAACAUCUCCAGAAACUGGAGAGCAGUCUUCUCAAGGGAAGAAUACAACUCGUCAGCAUAAUGAUUCCUCUUCACACUCGAGCAACAAAUGUGUGUGAAGAAUUCCUGUUUUAUUAUUUUCCCCUGGAAGAAACUCAACCACUGACCAAGGCAUGACUUUUUCAGCUGUGUGAUUCAGUGGCAUCUACAAACCUACAGGCAGAAAGUGCACACUUACAUCUCCAUAAUUUGUAUUUACAUGUCCAUGUUUUCCCUUUAGGUCUGCUGUUUUCCCUAAAAAAAAUCUUGGAAUUGUUUUGAAAAAUAUCUUUUGAGAACUCUCUUGUAUUUUUUUUCUGUGUCUACAUAACUGGUGUAUAGUACAUAUUUAUUAUUUUCUACAUAUGUAAAAACAAUGUAAUAUUCACAUCUUACAAAACUAAAGUAAAAAGCAUUUGGUAUGUCACUAAUGAGGCUGAUUUUGUAUAAAAAUAUUUUCUAUCUGUAAUGGAAGAAAAAUGUUAACAAGUUUUCUUAUGUUUUCAAUAAAAAAUAACAAAUAGUGACAGAGA